AUGCGGUGGCUGCACAAAAUAUUGGCGCUGGCAAUAAUUUGCACAGCAGCGGAGGGCGAAGUCUGUCCUUCCACAUGCAACUGCACCAGAACCCGUCUGGCCUGCUCUGGAGUCGUCCUACCCAACAACACGCUAACAAAGGCAAUCUUAGCUAACUAUGGAACCGCCCUACAGGCAAUCAUAUGGACAGAUUCAAAUCUCCAAACGUUAGAACCUGAUAUAUUCAACGGGCUACACAAUCUAGAGUACAUCGACUUAAGCAGAAACGAAAUAAUAAGAACUGAAAACGGGCUAUUCGCGAGACUGAAUCAACUAAAACAUUUAAAUAUAUCGAGAAAUCAAAUCGUGGACAUCCCUCGGAAACCGUUCGUAGAUUUACAAAACUUAGAAGUUCUAGAUGUAUCCCACAAUCAAAUUCAGGUCAUACCAUUCCAGGUCUUCGGGCUGAUGACCAAACUGCACUACCUAGAUAUAUCUUAUAAUAAAAUAGCCACUUUCUUAGAUUACUAUUUUAAACCUAAUCGUAAACUGAAAACGCUGUUCCUAAAUAAUAAUAGCCUAGUCAAAAUUACAUCUAAAGCUCUAGUCGACUUGAAAGAAUUGGAAGUUCUCGACAUUUCUAGCAACAAAUUAGAUAAUUUUCCAAAGCUUUUAUUCGAAGCCUUACCGGAACUCAGAGAGUUAAAUCUGAGUUACAAUAAGUUUUUAAACAUAUCACAGGACGCUUUUAAAUCUCUCGAAAAGUUGCGGAUGAUAAACAUGGGGGGGAAUAGAUUAAGACUGCUGCCACCAACGCUCUUCCAGUAUAAUAAAAAUUUAGAAAUAAUCUACCUCGAACACACAGAAAUAACGGAAAUACAGAACACGAACUUUCAAGGGUUGAACAAAUUAGAACAACUAUUUAUCCGAUACAAUCCAUAUUUACGUGAGAUCGAAUCGUACGUUUUUCAAGACACGCCGUCGUUGACACAUUUGGAUAUUAGCAACAAUUCCUUAACGUUUUUGCCUCUUACAUUGAAGAUAUUAGAUAAGUUGCAAGAGUUGAGGAUAGGAGGCAACCCGUGGGCUUGCGACUGUCGUAUGGCGUGGUUCGUAACAUGGGCUGAUAUGAGGAAGCACAUCAUUAAAUCGGACCUCAGCUGCGGUCUCACAUAUCCGAACGAUAUGUUGAGAAUUCUGAAUAGUACCGAUUGUAAACCACCACAGCUGAUCAGCAGUAGUCCACUGACUCUUUAUCGAUUACAAUCGAACGCCCUUUUGGAAUGCACAUUCGAAGGUAAUCCCUCGCCUUCCAUCACUUGGAUAACGCCAACACGGCACGUGUACCACUGGAACCCGGAACAAUCGAUUCCAGACAUUUACUACAAACACGGUCUCGCCCACGAUCAAAAUUAUAGGCCGGUAGACUAUACGACAUCAAGAGUGCGAGUGCUAGAAAACGGCGCUUUGACCAUUAUGAAUAUUCAUCGCGAGGACAGUGGAACCUACACAUGUUACGCAACUAAUCCAUCCGCGAACCUCACGGCCGAGGUCAUACUCAACAUAGAUCCUAUGACAAUGUUUGAAAUUAAGAUGUAUAGUCUAUUGUGUGGGGCAAUUUGCGCGGCGGGUUUUCUAGGCCUCACUCUGUUGGUUCAAGCUCUGCGUUAUAUCUUCUACAGAUUCCGUCUAUUGGAGACUUGCUGCAGUUGCUGCUCGUGUGUCAACAGAGACGCGCCACGGACGCGACAAAUUUAUGGCAUGCUGGACAACAUUGAACAGUAUAAACGGCUGCAAUUGGAAAAACUACGAGAAAACUACGCAGUUCAAGUGCAUCGGAUUAAAGAGAAUUGUACUCAGCAAGUGGAAUGGAUACAGAGCAGUUAUUCAUCGCAAGCCGGCCACCUGCGGAACUUUAAAAAUAUCGGCACUAAUCAUCUUACGGCCAUGAAAGACCAGUAUUGCGAUCAGGUGAAGCGAGUAAAGGAAUAUUCCACGUCUCAACUAAAUUGGGUGCAAGAGAAUUACGUUUUCCAGAGGAAUAAAAUACGAAAGUUUAGCGCUCAUCAAAUAUUACGAUUCCGGGAGUCGUACAAAUAUCAACAGCAGAUGCUGAACAAAGUGUUGGAGAAUCUGCCGACUUUAUACUUCGAGAAUUGUCGUAGCGGUUCGUGCGGUCGAAGCGACUCCAUGGCUUUCGAUCCGGACGUCGAGGUCAUCGACAUGUAUCUCAAGUCGAAAAUAGACAAGCUCUCCAGCCUACCAAAUCCGGUGGACGACGAGAGCAAAAUGUCCGUUUACUACACGCCGACGGAAAGAUCUGUCAACUCUCGCCGAAGUUCCCCCGUCCUGCUGCCCGAUGGCAUUCACAUCAACAUAAUCGAGAGAGAACCCCCUCCGGGACUCCUGGCGAUGCUUAAGACCUUGCAGCCGGCUCCACCGCCGACGCUGGCGUCGUUCACACCAAUGGACCUAUCCAGCCCCACAACUUCCAAAACCCUCACGCCCGUCAGAUCGAAAUAUAGAGAGGAGGCGAAACCUUCCAGCGAGCCGCUGCUGGGUCGCGGACGGGACCCAUUCAGGGAAGACUGUCGACGCCUGCCGACAAGUUUGAGUUCGCCAGAGCUGAACAGGGAUUCGCAGAGGGAAGCGGCCGCGAAAGAGGCGAAAGUGUUGUUGGCGGUGGAGUUGACGACGCCGGAGUGCCAGGUGCGGCACCCGGCCGGGCAAUUGGUGUGCGGCGACUGUAUAGGCCUCUGCGAGAACACGCCCUUGUAG